CUAAGAACGGGGAUCUCGAGCUGAUGAUUAAAUGAACUGAUUUCACAUUGCACUGGAAUGGCAGUUUCAUCAUUCAAGAAACUAGUAAUGUAAUAGUUAAAUGCAGGGAAUUUUCUGUUGAGGACCAGAGAAUGAACACGAAAAAGAAUCUUGCCUUCGAAGUUAUAACUGGUAGCGUAAAAGGAGCAGUUGAUUAUUAAAGAAGUUGUACAGUAUCUCACUCUGCAGUGAACUUAACAAAAGUAAGUUUUGGGAUUGAGAAAAAUGCUGCAAGGAAGCAAGAGCCACCCUCUUUCCAAAGCAUUCUCUCAAGCUUUCAGAAGCCGUGCCGUCUUGGGUGUAUUGGCGUUUGAAAUGUAUUGGUUCCCUGUCAGAUUUGAUUCACCUACUCAAAUGGGAAAAAAAAUUAUAAUAUAUGCAUGAAUACAAAGGGAUAGAGACGAGGAGAACCCAAAAAUAUGGUUCACAUGACAAGGGAAAGAGGGAGGAACCCAACCUUAUUCUAAUGGCCGAGGUGUUUUUACAAGUUCAAGAAUUCAACUUUUCAGCAACCGAGAACGUUUUUGAAGCCUUAAAAUAUGGAUAUAGAGAUUACACUCGUGUGGAUUUGACUUUUGACUUUGAAGGAAUAAAAACUGCACGAAUGUCCUUUAGGAGUUCUGUUGAUGGCAGUGAUCAGCCCCAAAGUCAGCUCAGUGGCUUCUAGUCCUUUCACUUCACCGAAUAUUGGGGUUUUGCUUAAGAUCAAGAUCAUUUCAUGGAGCCAAGAAACUGGUUUGCCUGUUUCUGUUCGGAUUCGUGUUGGGGAUAGGAUCUUCCACCUCCACAAGCAUCCUCUCCUGUCAAAGAGUGGAUACUUUCAGAAACGGUUGAAUGAAUUGACCGAGUAUGAGCUCCCAUCAGACUUUCCUGGAGGACCCGAAACCUUUGAGUUACUUGCACUAUUCAUCUAUGGCUCCUCUACUCUCGUUGAUCCUUUUAAUGUCGCAGCCCUCCGAUGUGCUGCAGAGUUUCUCGAAAUGACAGACGAUUACUGUUCCAGUAACCUAUGUGAACGAUUCGAUAUCUAUUUGAAUCAAGUGGUCUUCCAAAGCUGGGAUGAUACACUAAUUGUACUCCAAAAAUGUCAACAAUUGCUUCCUUGGUCUGAGGAGCUUUUAAUUGUAAGCCGUUGCAUCGAAUCGCUUGCCUUCAUGGCUUGCAUGGAGAUCCUUGACCCCGAGAGAAGACGAGACCAACCAGUUGUAACGAUGGAUGCAUUGGCUAGUCAGGUUUGGAGCUGUGAAACAGUGAAAGAAAUCUUGUGCCAAGAUCUUUGGAUCAAGGACCUCAUUGCUCUGCCAUUUGAAUUCUUCAAAAGAGUAGUGGGAUCCCUGAGAAGACAAGGUAUGAAAGAAAAAUAUGUCAGCCCAAUCAUCGUUUUCUACGCGAACAAAUGGAUUCUUUCUGAAAAAAUGCGCCAGUUCUGGGAGAGUACUGAUGAGAAGGUUGCCGAUGAUGAAGCAAUUGAAAAGGUUUCAUAUAUCUUACAAGGUCUUCUUGAUCUUCUGCCUAUGGGACAGAGGACUAGUAGAGUGGUUCCAGUAGGCUUUUACUUUGCAUUGCUUUCAAAAUCACUUGAAAUUGGUCUAAAAAGUAACAACCUGCAAAAACUGCAAGACCAGAUAGCAUCAGUAUUACAGUUUGCCCAAGUGGAAGACUUUCUUCUGCCGAAAACUGGGGCAGGCUCGGUUUCUUCCAGCAUCGAAUUAGCUACGAUGGAGAAGAUAUUAGAGACAUUUGUAUCUUCUAACAUGAAGAUGAAUCACCACCAUUCUGGAAGCAACUCAAUUGUAGCAGAGUUGUGGGAUGAAUAUCUGACCUACAUAGCUCCUGAUCCAAAACUCGAACAGAAGCGAUUUGUGGAACUAAUUGAAAAAGUGCCUGGGGCGUGGCGAGAGAAUCACAAUCACCUUUAUAGGGCAGUAAAUACAUUCCUGCAGGCACAAUCACAACUUUCCCAGGAGGAAAAAUGGGCAGUGUGCAAGUACCUCAACUGCCAGAAGCUAUCACAAGAGGCAUGCAUUGAAGCUGUUCAAAAUGAGUUGAUGCCACUUCGCUUGAUAGUUCAAGCGCUUUUCGUUCAGCAAUUGAAUACCCAACAGGUGUUCAAAGAGUGUUCAAGCUCAUUUAGGUUUGCACGUUAUGGCGAAUUCUCAGGGAGCCUUUCGAGCUCUAGAUUUCCGAACUCGAACAGCCUGAAUCUACGAGACAGUCCUUAUACAGAUGGAGCUGAUCCAAACAGAAGAACUUUAAGCUUCUUGCUACAGAAAGACCAUGUGAUCCAGACACAUGAAUCCUCAAGAAAUGAGUACGAGUCAACAAGUUUCCGAAUCCAGAAUCUGGAACAAGAGCUGAUUUCUUUGAAGAAAAGCAUUCAAUGGCAGACAUUAUCCAAGAAAACGGAGACAAUGUCAAGCAGCAAAGCAGAAGGAAGAACAAAACUGCCGGAUGUGGAAAGUAGAUACUCAAGCAAGAAAAAUAACUCACACGAACAGGUAACGGGGUGCAUCGGCUCCGUUAACUUUUCCACUCAAAGAAACUAUGCAAGUCGUCUAUUUAAGAUCUUCAGCGGAAUACGUCUAUUUGGAAGUAGGAAACAGAAAAGAAAGACGGGGUUUCCGGCUCUUUGGCGCAGGUCAAUGUAUCAGAUUAACCAUCGGCUGGAUUUGUAAAUGAGAACAAAUAACAGGUCUUUAGAAACCAGUUAUGGAGAAAUAUAUAAAACAAUCGUGUAAACUCAAGUAUGUUAAGAAGUAAAGGAAAUAGCUAUUUAUUAAAAUUUUCCCUA